GUCGUUCAAAGUGCCCGUACUUUUCUCCCGUCGGGUCGAGUUCUGCAGUAGAUGUUUCAACUCGUUCAGUUUGUCGCGUUCUCGCGCUGCCCUAAAUUGUCCGCACAGCUAAUUUGUUUGUUUAAAAAAAUCCCAUUCUCCUCACUGCAGAAGUGUUACGCUUGGGUGGCUUUUUCACACAGCCAACACACGUGCGGCUUCGGAAACCGGAACCCAGGGCACUACGGAAAAUUGCGAAAAGAACCUGCCGCAGUGAUCACAGCAGUGAAAGUUUGACCCAGUGCACUGACACAGGGCAUUGAACGGUCCGGUAUUAGGUGAUUUGCAACGGGUUUAUUUUUCGCAUAACAAUUCGUGUUGAACAACAAAACCAUCGGCCACAAUGUUCAAGAGAACAUGCCGCCGCUGGAGGAACAAGAACAGCACCGCUAAGCUGGGAUCGACCAAAAGAACACGUCAGCAGUCGUCGACGGCGUCCCGCGAGUCUAGGUCGGUGACGGGAUCGUCGGCGGGUGUCAGCGUGCUGGACCAGUACCGAUAUCUGCAGACGCAGCACCACGAGUUGAUGGAGAAGUACAACGCACUGAAGCGCGAGCAUCGAGCCCUGGAGGACCGCCAUGUGCGACUGCAGACCGAGAACGGCAACCUGAAGGAAGCGUACGAGGAACUGCAGGAGAACUACAACAGCAUGCUGGACUCGCAGAAGAGUUUCACCGCCGGAAAGUUGCUGGUGUAUUUGAAGCUGAAGCGGCGCGAAGACAAGGAAGCGCUCGAGAAGCGAAAUAUCAUCAAAAACGAGGCCUGCUUCAACACGUUCCUGGAGGACGUCCAGAUGCACGAGAGCAACCCGCGGAUACCGAAGAUCGUCGUGGAGUGCGUGACGGUUGUGGAGUCCAGCGAUAAGUUUAUGAAGUCGGUGGGGCUGUAUCGGGUGUCCGGGAAUCAUAACACGAUCCAGAACCUGCGGUACGAUAUCAACGCAGACAGUUACAAGAAGUUGCGCCGCCAGAAGAGUCCGCACGAGGUGUGCGGGAUUUUGAAGCUGUUCCUGCGAGAGCUGAAGGAGCCGCUGGUGUCGCUGUGGCAGUUGAAUCGAAUAAUUCCGGGACCGUCGGAUAUGAUACACAACAGGGUGCUGAAGGUGCUUGAACUGGUCAAUUCAUUGGACGACAUACGGAGGGAAACGUUGCAGUAUUUGAUGAAACAUAUCAGAAAGGUCGUCGCCGUCGAGGACAACGAGAUGGACACGCUGAGCCUGGCGAUGCUGAUGAGUUCGUGCAUCUUCAACGAGACGCUCACCGACGUGUGCCCGGAGCGCUUCGAGACGGUCAGUGCCGUGCCGCGGGAGUGCAUCAUCACCAUGGUUGACCGCUACGACGAGAUAUUCGAGAAAUAAAGAUGGGGAUUUAGCGUUUAAA